AUGGGUGGAAUUUUUGGAGUUGCCGCUGCUCUGCUCGGUGCUGUAGAAAACCAGCACCUGGGCACACUGCACUUUCACGGUUUCGUGUGCCUCGCGAACUUGUUCCAGCGCGCGUCCCUGGCUGAGAUUGCCAGGCAGAUCCAGGGGCCCCCUCGCUUGGCGGACGCAGUGAUGGCGCGGCACGCGUGGGCCCACCGGGAAGAGCACUGGGACCCAGAGGGACACCGUUCGAACCUUCGGACGUUGGAGACGGAGUGGCGGCAGAAUUUCUGGUCGUCGGACCACCUGGGGCUGUGCCGGUGGCCAAAGUAUCUGGACCAAACUGCGCGGAGUACCAAGUGGGAGGAGGGAUGCAACGUCGCUGAGUGCGACGACGACGCAGCCAGAUUCAAGAAGGCGUACGAAACGGACGCGCAGAUGAUCUUCUCGAAAGUUCAGCACCACUGCAUCAGGAAAGGGCGCAAGCACGGAGAUAGGUGCAAGCACGGCUUCCCGAAGACAUCGCUCCUGACGCCCGCGGGCGGGCCCAGGUCGCGCGUGGUCUGCCCGCAGGUGGCGAAGGACGUGGGCCUCAAAGUGAACGGGGCGCGGAAUGCGCUGGGGGAGAUCGUUGGGCCUCGCAAUGACGAGUUCCUCAGCGGGACCUGCCCCGCGCUCGCGGUUGCGUUCAGGGGCAAUGCGCACGCGGCGCCGAACAACCGGUUGCCGCUGAUUGACGACGUCACGCACGAUCCGAAUUGCUCGUGUCGGAACGGAGCGAGAGGAGAGACCGGAGAGGCAUAUCUACGACGUAUCGCCUUCGCAGUGCAGCGCUCGAUGUCCAAAGUGCAGCGCGUCGGGAAGAAGGCGCGGGAGCUCGCGAAGACCUGCCUGUCCACGCUGGCGGAGCGGCUCCAGGGGAAGUCCGACAUGCAGCAGACGUUGAACACCGUUCACCGUUGCGUCGGGGACUGGGAGGCCAAGGGCGUGGCGCGGACCAUCUUCGAGGAAAUGAGCUUGGCCUACUUCUCGGAUAGGCCGAAUCCGCUUGCAGCAGAAUGCAUCACGUCGCGCCCUGUCGCGGACUUCCAAGCGGGCUGCUUUCUCAAGGUUGUGACGGCGGAGACUGGGGCAGGUCGCGCGACGGCGCGGCGCGAGCAGAAGUCGGCGCUGUUCACGGAGACGGGCGACGUCGCCACGCCGCCAGACGCGACGGCGUGGGCGUGCGCGCGGCGCCCAGGUGCAGCCGACCUGAAGACGUUGAGCCCGUGCGAGUUUAUCCGCUUCUACGAAGUGGUCCCAACGUGCCCGCCGCCCAGGGACAUCUCGAAGGCGUCCGCGAGUUGGACCUAUUGGGUGGGGCAUCCUCCCGCCGCGGCGGACGGGCCUCCGCGGCCGUCGGUUCACUACAAGGUGAAGCCGCCGACGGGCAACGCUGGUUAUUUCGCGUUGGAGGAGGGCCCGGUCGACCAGGUUUUCGCGCACAUGUGCGUCAUCGUACCUCGAUAUGUUCCUGCGCUCCCUGUCUUCAUUCAGUCCGUGAUGCCGCAGCCCGACAUGACGUCGGAGCGCCGCAGCGCCGUGUUGUCUGCGUAUUUCCGACCAUGGACGCUGGUGUGCGGGUACGGAUCUUCUCGGGGGCUUGUCCCUCUGGCGAGGCAUCUGAACUUGCCGCCGAAGCGCCCGCGCACUGGGAAGAACCCGCCGAGCUUCCGAAAGGCAUUGAAGGACUAUCUGCGCGGCCACAUCGUCUCGACCUCGAACCGGAUCCUCUGUGCUAACGCGCUGCGAACAAUGACGACGAUGCCAGAAAACGCCGACGAGGACGAGGUUGACCAGAACGUGAAGCCAGUGGAGGCGCUGCCCGAGGGCAUGGGGCACCUGUCCCAUUCGGUGCACAAAGCGCUGGAGCAGAGCAUGUCCUUUUGGGACCCGCCGAACAGCGAGCCCACGUUGCGCGGGCCUCAGCGCCAGUCUGCCCUGCAGUAUUCCACCGCGACGCCAGCGGGUGCUCGCAGGAAUGCCCCAGAGCCGCCGCGGAAGACGGCCCGCCAGAACAAGCGGGAGAAGCUGCACCCCGGCGACGCACACCUGACCAGGAACAUCCAGCGUUGGCGGAAAGGACUCCAGACGCAGGAGAUCACCCCCGACCCGCAGCAGAUGAGCAUCUUGAACGCCGUCGCCGACAGGUGCGUCCAAGAGGCGAAAGAGCAAGACCUGCCGCGCGGUUCGCCAUGCUCUCGGCUGUUCGUUCUCGGUCUACCGGGAUCGGGGAAGUCUGAGGUCAUCCGGUGGUUGUGCGACGAGGACGCGGGGUUGUUCCCCAUGCGCAUGGGGUGGGACCACGAGGUGCACUUCAUGAAGACCGCCCCGACGAAUUCCAUGGCGAGCAAUAUCGGUGGGCGAACCAUCCACAACUUCAGCAAGCUCGGAAUCGAUCUCAUCACGGGAGUCCACUCAGGCGGGAAGAAGGACCCUGAGCUGUCGGAGAAUUUUCUGCAUACGAAGAUCCAGCACAUGCGCUGGCUCAUCAUCGACGAGGUUGACAAUGUAUCUGUGGAGCUUCUGGACGCCGCGCACAGGCAGGUGAAGGACUCGACGAGGGACAAGGGGAACCCGUGGGCCGUAGACGCACGCGCCCCGAAACAGUUCGCCAUGUUCGGCGGGCUGAACCUGGUACUUCUCGAAGAUCUGUGGCAGAUACCGCCCGUGAGGACUCUCAGUAUUGCUGCCAAUCCUUUCCUGAAGCGGCCCGCCAACGUCGGCCGCAUGCUCGAGAUGUUCUGGACAGAGGGCUUGCCGCACUCGGCGACGCACCGCUUCGCUCUCAGUCAGUCGCACCGCUGCUCAGACCCGUGGUGGAGGAGCUUCCUCGCGGAAGCGCGCGCGGGAAAUCUGUCGGACAGGAUGUGCGACUUCGUCCGCGGAUUCCCCGCGGACGUGCCCGGCUCCUGGAUGCCUGCAGCUCCCGGCAGCGCCGAGGCCUCCAAGGGGCACCUCGUCUGUGGCCACGCGAAGUGCCGCGCGCUCUGGUCAGCUGAGUGGCCGCGGAUGUUCCGAGAGGGUCGGCCCUGGCAGGACAUGCGAUCUCUUGAGUGCGCCGACUGCAGCGCGGAACGGCGUCGGCGCUGCCGCGUUGCCUCUCAGAGCGAUGCCAGACAGCGGGAGGUGAGCACGGCGUUCGCCGACGCGCUGUUCGCGCACCCCUACGACGCCCCGAAGAGCAGAAUUUUGACUCUGCGAGCGGCGAAUGCGGCAGCAAAUGCUGGGAAGCAGCUCCUGUGGGUGGUGGCGCGCGACGCCCCCCUCACUCGGGACGACGCAUGCAGGCCGAAGGAGUCGCUCGCCCACGCCAGGCAGAACUGGCUCGUGUACCCAGAGAACAAGACUGGCGGAGCGGGAGCAUGCAAGCAUUCCUGGGGGACCGUGACUGGCUGGGUCCUCCACCCCGACGACUCCAAGCUGGCGAACGAGCAGAGGUCCGAGCCGGAGCUGGUCCUGCAGCACGUGCCCGAUGCGAUCAUGGUCAGAAUUCCAGGAAGCACGGCCCCCCGCUUCGGCAAUCAGCCCGCUGGCGUUUUCCCGGUGAAGUUGAAGGAAGUGUCCUGGGAUCGCAGUCCCGGCUUCAAGGCCAUGGUGAAGCGCACGGGGUUUUCGCUCGUCCCGCACUUCGCCGCCACGGCCCACUGCGUCACCGGCGCCACUCUUCCGCAGGCCAUCAUCGACCUCCUGGACGCGCGGACGACGCCCCGUUCGUCCAUGGUCCCCACUGGCUACGUGGCCAUCAGCCGCACCAGGAGAGCAGAUGACCUGAUCAUCACACAGCCCUUCUCGCCCAUGCUUUUCCGCCAGGGGCAUCAGACUGGUCCGUGGCUUCUGCACUCCCUUACAGCUGGGGAGAUGACGACGGAACAGGCGAAAGCCGCCUGGGCCAAGGCAGAGAAGGAAGCGGCUUCCAGGUCGUCGCAGAAAUUGGUGGACGCCACGUUCCAGUGCGGCGACUGCCACCAACGGGAGAAACCGAGCAACUUCUCAGGAAGUGGCAUGAGCACGGGCGAUCCUGUGGAGCAUGCCGUAGCGGUGCUGAGCCAAGGCGCAUGGAGGAGGUGCGCCCUGUGCGCGCAGAAGCGGGCGGGAGAACCUGCCGCAACCGCGGCGACCGCCAAGUCAGCUCCUUUCAAGUCGCGAGGGGCGGACGUCCUCGAGUGCUUCCGGCGCGGGCAGCGGAAGAAGUUGACUCAUUUCAGGCUUGGGGAAGUGAACGACCUGAAGGCGCAGGGCGAGCUUCACCGCGCCGUCUGCAUCGGCUGCAAUCCAGAGCGGCUCCAUUUCAACUUGACGUUGGAGGCCCGCCUCUUCGAGUGCUCACAGCGCGCGGUGCAGAAGCCAAAGGGGCAGUUCGAUGAGACCGCGUUCAAGAAGCACCGCAGCUUGAAGGAUUGGGACGCGGAGAGCAGCAGCAGCGGGGGCACGGGCAGCGACAGCGAGGGCGCCGUCAGCCCUGGCGAGGAGGCCCAGGAGGGCACCCACGGCCAGGGCGCCCCCGACGAGCCCCUCGUCGACGGGGGCAUCGCCGGGGCGUUCGCCGACGCGCGGGACCGGUGGAAGGUCGACGGCGACACGCUCAAGGGGUUCUACCUGCACGCCGCCUCCGAGACGCUGUACUGCUGGGACCAGGCCAAGGGCGUCCUCUACUGCUACGACCGCGCCACCAGCGCCUGCAGUCCCGUGUGGGCGGCAUGCAGUCCGCACGUGAAUGCACAGGUCUGGGAGACGCUCCCGCUGCCGCCCACCGACCCUGCGAGCCUGCAGGGCCGCCAGGCCGCGCAGCGGGGGCCGGCGCAGGCGCUCUGUGUGCUGCACCUGUCGCGGUCGGGGGCCAUGCGGCGGGCCCGCGUGGCGUCCGCCCACUUCUGCAGGAUGCUCGGCCUGGACGACGCGGCGCUGGAGGCGCUCCAUUCGCUGCCCCCGCCGGGGCAGGUCUACGUCACGCGGACCUUCUGCGCCCCGCCGGGCGACCCCAGCGGCGCGCUGAGGCGCCAGGUCGCCAAGCUCGCGCGGCUGAGCUCCGACGACGUGCCGUGGAUCGACCAACGUGGUGGAGAGUGCCACCACGAGGGUGCCUGUCAGCGGGGCGAUCUUGGGCCGUUGCACUCCAGAGGUGGCCGCCCUCUGCUGGGGCGACGGCGACGAGGACGCCGUGGCGGCGGCGCAUUGUCGGAUCGGCUGUGUGGAGGGGCGUUUCUGCGCGUGCGACCUCGGCUCCGCCGAGGCAGGCACCUUGCUGGACGGCAACAGGCUCGGCAGCGAGUGGGCGCCCCUGGCCGACGGCAGCGUCCUGGAGCUGGGCCCCGUGCGCGUCAAGGUGGAGCUGCAGCGCAUCGCCGCCGCCGGCGACGACCCCCGCGGCGCCCAGGACCCGCCCGCGGCGCCCGUCCCACAGCGCGGCGGCUGGCGCAGCGCCAAGCGGCGGAAGGCGGGC